ACUACAAAAUGGCUAACAAUAUAUCUUCAAUAGUCCCCUUUCUUGCAAUUCUAGCAAUCCUGCAAAUAACCGCAGCAGUGGACUACAAGGUCACCAACUCGGCUGCAACCACCCCCGGCGGUGUCAGGUUCAACAAUGACAUCGGGGCUGCAUACACCACCCAAACUGUAGCUUCUGCUACAAGAUUUAUAUGGAGGACAUUUCGACAAAACACGAACAGUGACAGAAAGAGCGUGGCACGAGUAAGUGUGUUCAUUGAUGACAUGGAUGGCGUUGCCUAUGCGUCCAGCAAUGAGAUACAUGUUAGUGCAAGGUACAUUCAAGGGUACUCUCGUAAUGUCAAGACUGAGAUCACUGGAGUACUUUAUCAUGAAAUGGCACAUAUAUGGCAAUGGAACGGUAAUGGUGAAGCUCCAGGGGGACUAAUUGAAGGAAUUGCGGAUUACGUGAGGUUGAAGGCUGGUUAUGCACCUAGCCAUUGGGUUCAGCCUGGGGCCGGUGAUAGAUGGGAUCAAGGAUAUGAUGUGACGGCUCGGUUCCUAGACUAUUGUAAUGGUCUUAGAAAUGGAUUCGUAGCCGAACUCAAUAAGAAGAUGAGGGGUGGUUAUAACGAUAGCUUUUUUGUGGACUUGCUAGGAAAGACUGUUGAUCAACUGUGGGCUGAAUACAAAGGUUAACAAUACUGUUCAGCUACAGUAUUUGAUUCAUACACAAUGUAAAUAGCUAUAAUAAUCGACCAUACCCAAUCCCGUCUUCCAUACGUGAAAUAUAGAUGGUCUUACUCUACAUGGAGAUUAAAAGGCUACUUUCCAAAAAAACUAUGGCCAUUAUUACACAGAAUAAAGCUGAACCCAGUUGAUAUCAAAUCCAACUUGUUUAAUAUAAAUGGCUCUAAGCAUUGUAUACCAAAAUAAAAUUAGAACAAGAAUAAAAUAAAUAAUAGUAAAUGUUCCUGAAAUCGGUUUUGGAUGAAAGUUGGCUCAUCUUAGUGGUUCAGCAGUGAAUAA